AUGCUGCACAGUUUGAAUCCCUGUCAGCAGACUGGAGGUUUCUCCUUUGAAAACAGCCGCAGAAAUGCAGUUUUGGAGUCCAGUUUGUCAGAAGUGGGAUACAAAGCCCCCAGUGCCAGAAAGACGGGAACCACCAUCGCUGGGAUGAUUUUCAAGGAUGGAGUGGUUUUAGGAGCGGAUACCAGAGCCACAGAUGAUAUGGUGGUGGCUGAUAAAAACUGCAUGAAGAUUCACUAUAUUGCUCCAAAGAUCUACUGCUGUGGAGCCGGCGUGGCUGCAGAUGCGGAGAUGGCCACACAGAUGAUGGCGUCCAAUGUGGAGCUCCACAUGCUCAAUACUGGUCGACCCCCACUUGUUGCUAUGGUUACCAGACAGCUGAAACAAAUGCUGUUCAGGUAG